AUGAAGUUUUUUAUACCUUAUGUGUAUAUAAUAUGUGUUAUAUUUAUCAUAAAUGUAAUUCGUACAAGGGGGGAGGAAGAUGAUGAUAAUAAUAAUAUUUCAGGUAAAUCAAUUUUAGGAACUAGCCAUAAUAAUAUAUCAAAUAUAGAUUUAUCUUCUAUUCCUAAUUUGGAUAGUAACAUACAUGCUAGUUUUUCAAGUGAUACCAAAGAAUGGUCACCCAAUAAUCUUACGUCUAAAAAAAAAAAAAAGAAAAAAGAAAUAAGACCUAAAGAUAUUAUGAGUAAUAGUGAUUCAUCUAAUACUUCAUCAAUAAAUAAACAAAACAAUAAUCAAAUAAAAUCUGUUUUGUUAAAAGAAAAUAAAGGAGUAAAAAUUACUGGACCAUGUAAUGUAAAUUUGUCAAUAUUUCUUGUUCCACAUAUAUAUAUUGAUGUUGAAACAAAAUAUAAUAACAUUGAAUUAAAAUAUGAGUUGGAUGAAUUUAGUGAUUCAAUAAAAUUCAAAGAUACAACUACAGAAUUAAGAACCUCUGAUGAUACUUUAAUGAAUACUAAUUUUAAUGUAGGCGUAUCAAGAGAUACUCUAGAUAAGGAUAGAUUAUAUAAUAUAUGUGCAGAAAAUAAAACGUUUAAAUUUGUAGUAUAUAUUAAAGAUAAUAUUUUGACACUUAAAUGGAAAGUAUAUGAAACAGGAGUUACAAAUAACAAAGUAGAUAUCAGACAAUAUAAAAUGAAAGAACUAACGAGACCUAUCACAACCAUUCAAAUUCAUAGCGUGUCAGAAAAUAAAGACACCCAUUUAUUGGAAAGUAAAAAUUAUGUUAUAAAAACAGACAUACCAGAAACAUGUGAUGUUAUGGCCACCAACUGCUUUUUGAGUGGAAAUAUAAAUAUCGAAAAAUGUCUAGAAUGCACCUUGCUUGUUCAGAAUAAUGAUACAUCAAGUGAAUGCUUUACAUACGUUUCAAAUGACGUUAGAGAGAAUUUCAAUCAAAUUAAAGCAGAAGCAGAGGAUGAUGAAAAUUUUCGUAAUUACCAUCUUACAGAUACUAUAAAUAAUAUAUUGAAAAGAAUAUAUAAAAUAAAUAAAAAUGAAGGAAAGAAAGAAUUAAUAACACUAGAAGAAUUAGAUAAUUUUUUGAAAGAGAGUAUAACAGAUUAUUGUAAAAUAUUAAGAGAAAUAGAUACGAAUGGAACAUUAGUAAAUCAUGAAUUAGGUAAUAAUGUUGAUGUAUUUAAUAAUUUAAUAAGAUUAUUAAAAUUACAUAAAAAUGAAAGUAUAAGUACCUUACAUAAUAAAUUAAGAAAUUCAGCAAUUUGUAUGAAAUAUCCUGAUAAAUGGAUAGAAAAAAAAACAGGUCUCAUAUUACCAAAUGUAGUAAAUAAUAAUAUAAUAUAUAAUAAUAAAUAUGAAAAAUUGAAUGAAGAAAAAAAAAGAAAAAUAUAUGAUAAUAAAGAUGAUAGUAAAAUUAGUGAUAUUAUAAAUAUUAAAAAAUAUAUAUUUACUAAUAAUACAUUAAAAUAUUUUAAUAAUGAUAAACAAUUUUGUAAUAGCUCAUUUUGUAAUAGAUUAAAAGAUGAAAAUAAUUGCAUAUCAAAAAUUCAAAUUGAAGAUCAAGGAAACUGUGCAAUUUCUUGGAUUUUUGCCUCUAAAUAUUAUUUGGAAACUUUAAAAUGUAUGAAAGGUUAUGAACCACAUGCUAUUUCUGCAUUAUAUAUAGCUAACUGUAGUAAAAGAAAACAUAAAAAUAGAUGUAAUGUGGGAUCUAAUCCAUUAGAAUUUUUACAAAUAAUAGAAGAAAAUCAAUUCUUACCUAUGGACACAAACUAUUUAUAUUCUUAUACAAAAGUAGGCAACGAUUGUCCAGAUGAGGAGAAAAACUGGGUAAAUUUGUUGAAACAUACAAGAAUGUUAAAUUAUAAUAAUAAACAUAGAAGUACCUUAUCUACUAAAGCUUAUAGAGCAUAUGAAAGUGAACAUUUUAAAGAUAAAAUGGAUACAUUUAUUAAAUUAAUAAAAGAUGAAAUAAUGAACAAUGGUUCAGUUAUUGCUUAUGUAAAAGCUGAAAAUGUUUUGGGUUAUGAAUUGAACGGGAAAAAUGUUCAAAAUUUAUGUGGUGAUAAAACACCUGAUCAUGCAGUUAAUAUUGUUGGUUAUGGUAAUUAUAUAAAUGAUGAAGAUGAGAAAAAAUCUUAUUGGAUUGUAAGAAAUAGUUGGGGUAAAUAUUGGGGAGAUGAAGGUUACUUUAAAGUUGAUAUGUAUGGACCAUCAACAUGUGAAGAUAAUUUCAUUCAUACAGUAGUAGUGUUUAAUAUUAAUAUGCCUAAGAGUAAGAAAUCCCCUGUUAAGAUAACAUUUCCAUUAUAUAACUAUUACUUGAAAUAUUCUCCUGAUUUUUAUCAUAACCUUUAUUAUAAAAAUUUUAAUUCUAAGAAAAGUAUGAAAUUGGUUAAUGCGUCUGAUGAACAUAAAAACAUUUAUUCCCAAGAAGAUAAGGUAAACCAUAAGAAAGGAAGUAAGAUUUUAAAUUCUGAAGUAACUACUUCAUUAUUAUCACAAGAAAUAUCACAAAGACGUGGUGAAGAUGACGAUAUAGAUACAUUAAUAGGAGAUAGUCCAGAUAUAAAUGAACAGGAAAAAAAUAUCAAGGAUGAAUUUAAUAAAUCCUCUAUAACACAUAAUAGUGUAUCAUCAUCUAAUAUCACCAAAAGUAAUAAGAAUACAAAUAAGGUUAAAAUAUAUCACAUUAUAAAACAUGUAAAGAAUACAAAAAUAAAAAUAGGUUUCGUUAAAUACGAUAAUUAUAAUACCAUAGGAACGAAUCAUACAUGCUCAAGAUCUUAUUCGGAAGAUCAAGAAAAACAUGAAGGAUGUAUUAAAUUUUGUGAACUCCAUUGGAAUGAAUGUAAAGAUAAAACAUCUCCUGGAUAUUGUUUAACCAAACUGAAGGGUUCAAAUGAAUGUUUUUUCUGUUAUGUGUAA